UGGGGUGAUAAUGGCUCGUUCUGCAAGUUCGGCGGCCCCAAGGCUUCAGGGAAAAGUGGCCAUUGUAACGGCAUCAACCGAUGGCAUUGGCUUUGCGAUAGCUCGUCGCUUAGGGCAGGAGGGCGCUAACAUCGUGAUUUCAUCGCGGAAGCAGGCCCACGUCGAUAACGCGGUGGAUCAGUUAUCUAAAGAAGGACUCUCUGUAACUGGGGUCCCUUGUCACGUAGGCGACACCGCGCAGAGAGCGAAUCUUUUUAAGGUAGCUAAGGAAAAGUUUGGUGGUCUCGAUAUAUUGGUGAGCAACGCAGCUGUUAACCCAUCCGCUACUCAGGUUUUUGAUACCCCUGAAAGUGCUUGGGACAAAAUCUUCGAUAUCAACGUCAAAUGCGCCUUCCUUCUGACGCAGGAGGCCUUACCACUGCUGGAAAGAAGUUCUUCGCCUUCCAUUAUUUACAUUUCUUCGAUAGCUGCUUAUCAGACUAUGCCGAUGUUGGGAGCGUACUCUGUAUCCAAAACCGCUCUUUUGGGUCUAACUCGCGCGGCGGCGGUGCACUUAGCGCCCAAGAUUCGUGUCAAUUGUGUAGCGCCAGGCAUUAUUAAGACACGGUUCAGCCAGCUACUGUGGGAAGAUGAAACCGUAUGCAAAGAGAUGAUGGAGAUAACCCCACUUAAGCGGUUGGGAGUUCCUGAAGAUAUCUCUGGCGCAGUGGCGUUUCUGGUUUCUGACGAUGCUUCUUAUAUUACCGGAGAGAUAUUGCCUGUUGCCGGUGGAUUUUUUUGCAAGAUUUAGUAAGAGGAUACAGCAGCCACUGUAGCAGUAUUAUCGACAUCGGUACUUUUCUUGCGGCUCACUUCAAUAGAUUCGGUGAACGGAGUUGAUGAAGCCAAAAAUAGAGUAAUUUUCACAAAAGCAACUGUUCGAAUAGUAGCACUUUAAAAACCUGCUUGGUGGUUAAUAAUCUCUCUACAAAAUCAGUUUUCAUAAAACAUACUACAUGUUUAAUAAAAUGUUUAACUGUUACUUCAUCCUGGGGAUUCGAUUCGAAACACUAGUUUUGCCGACUAAACAUUAGAACUUUUAUUAUAUCUACAAGUUUUACGCCUGGCAUCGCUGUUAAGCAUUCCAUCAGAUCAAAACUAGAUGUGUCUAUGUCCAAAUCUGAACCUAGAUCACAACUUGCCCCUUUAAGCUAUCUUUCAUCACUUUUAUUAUCACUCCACUAUUAGCAAAUUACUCGACUAUUAUAAUUUUGUAACGCUUGUGUGGUAUAUAAGCCGUCAAUUGCCGUAAUAUGAUCUAAAUAAAUAGCAUUUAUACUGAAUAGCACCUUAGAAGAAUCAUUGGGUCUGUUUCAAUAGAUGUGCCGUAAAUACCGAAAAGGCAUUUGUUGAACAGACGUCCAGGACGAUGUGUCGUCAUAUGCAGGUUUGUCAAUGAACAAACGACGAAUCAAUCAAUCAAUGAUUACCUGCUUUGAGAAAAGACAAUGUUAUAUUGUUUUUUUUAUUUUUCACUCAUUAAUUUAAACAACAACUUACGCUCUCUUAUAAUUAUAAUCCGUCUGUUAAUUUAAGCAAUGAUGCCGGUGUCAAGCUACAACAAUUACACUGAAAAUGUAGGUACUGCCUUCCGUUUAAGCAGUCCGAAGAUUCAGCUGUUCGAUGAAACACGCAUUAGAGAUGAACACUGUCUUAAUCAUAAUUAUAAUAACAUAAACAGCACUAGCUUGCUAUAUACUUAGAUGCACAUCACUUUGCUUACUAUGUACAGAAUUGGGAAAUAUGCUCCUAAAGCAAUAAAUAUCCCUGAUUUGCUUA